AUGGCGCAAGCGCGCGUUCCAGCGACGGAUCCCACUAUCUACAGCGCCUAUCAAGACCAGUGGUCCUCACUUCCUACCACAGCAGAAGGCUGGAUCAGCAGAGCACGGGAGGUGGCCGGAGUACUCUCUCGGGAUGCCGCACAAAGGGACCAGGAGAACAAAUCGCCCCGAGCCGAGGUGGCUCUGCUGAAGCAUUCCGGACUGCUGAAGCUACUGGGUCCUAAGAAGUACGGAGGAGGUGAGCAGUCGUGGGAAGUAGGGUACAAAGCCAUCCGAGAAGUGGCCAAGGCAGAUGGUUCCAUCGGCAUGCUGCUCGGCUACCAUCUCCUCUGGUCCACCACCGCCAAUGUAGUCGGCACCCCCGACCAAAUCGAGCGCACGCACGAGCUGAUCAUCACCAACAACUACUUUGUCGGUGGAGCGGUUAAUCCGCGCGACAGCGACCUCAAGAUCACCUCUGACGGGGAGCACAUCGUCUUCAACGGCGCCAAAUUCUUCAACACGGGGGGUGUGGUCUCCGAUCUCACCGUGCUCGAAGGCGUCCUCGAGGGCACAGACCAACACAUCUUCGCCCUCGUGGAGACCCGACAGCCCGGGAUCCAAUUCGCGCACAACUGGCAAAACAUCGGUCUGCGUCUGACCGAGUCCGGAGGCGUGAAGAUCGAGAACGUCCGCGCCCCGUGGACCGACGCGCUGGGCUGGGACGCCUCCACCAAGCAACCACGGCAAGAUGUGCUCGGCGUCCCCUUCGCCAGCUUGCUGCUACCCACAAUCCAACUAGUCUUCAGCAACUUCUAUCUGGGCAUCGCCCUAGGCGCCCUGGACUUCGCCGCCAAAUACACCACCGCCCACACGCGCGCCUGGCCCUUCGGCGGCGACAACAAGACCUCUGCCACCGACGAGUUCUAUAUUCUAGAGCGGUACGGGAACUUCUUCGCGCAUCUGCGUGCCACGGAAGCGCUGGCCGAUCGCGCGGGUGAGCAGCUCGCUGGGUUGUAUGCGCACUACGGCGCGGACCGGCCGGCGCUGGCGGCGGAGGAACGCGGCGAGGUGGCCGAGUGGAUCGCCAGCGUAAAGGUCGUCACCACGGACGUGGGGCUGCGGGUCACCAAUGGCAUCUUCGAGGUAACGGGGGCGAGGGCCACCUCACUGAAGGUCGGGCUCGAUCGGUUCUGGCGGGAUAUUCGGACACACACACUGCAUGAUCCCGUCGCGUAUAAGAAUCGGGAGCUGGGGCGGUAUAUCUUGUUGGGGGAGCUGCCGGCGCCGACGUGGUAUACUUAGUUGGGUGUGUGGUGGUAUUUUAGAAGAUGCUGGACUACUUAUGCGUGAUAACUUGCAUUUAACUUCGGAACCUUUUGUACAGUCGAGCUUGGGUAUCGCAUCUGACUGCGUGUAAUCUCAACUAGGUCCGCCCGGGUGCGUCCAAGACUUGCAGCUACUGCAACUUAUCAUUAGGAUCGUGCCAGCCGGCGCUAGGGCUCAUCCAGACAUACUGUACAUAGACUAGGGAGCAAUUUGACGACUCAUAG